AAUAGGAGUAUUCAGUAUAUAGUGGGAAAUCUUUGAUGUCCAUAUGUGCGGCUCUGAGAAGGGAUGUUUUGCCCCUGUUAGCAGUACGAGGCUGUAGCACAGCGGCGGAGAAUGCCCGUCUCCUGGACCAGGAUGGUCCAGAUUUGCCUCAACGUCUGCUGGAUUGCUUCUUGAAACUGGAGCGAAAGGACAACGAUACCUUCAGAUCAGAACAUCUACUCCGUGGGCGAAAGUCUUUCCCUCAUAUCUAUGGCGGUCAGUUAGGUUGUUGCACAAGCACUCAAAAGCGCUACUGAGACUGUCGAUAGAACGUUAUCUCCACACUCAAUGCAUUGCUACUUUGUGAAAGCAGGCUCUGUACUUGAACCGGUUGAUUAUCAUGUGGAAAGGAUUCGCGAUGGAAAGAGCUUUUCAACGCGUUUGGUGAGGGCGAAACAAAACGAUGAUAUAUUGUUUACAGCACAGGCAUCAUUUCAGCACGAAGAGACUAGUCAUAUGGAGCAUCAGACCAAAGUUAGAAUGCCUGAAGGUCCUGAUGGACUUCUAGAUGCUAGGACGUUGAUGAGCAAUUCUCUUAAGGAGGCACAGAAUGACAAACUAACGCCCGCUCAAUUAUUUAUGGCCUACAAACUUGCUGAAUUUCCUCCUACAUUCCAUAGAAUUUUCGAGGCUUGCCCUGUUAAUCAAAAUGUCUACAAACCUGACUUGAAAGGGCCCUUACACAAUACUACUUAUGAUAUGUGGAUUAAACCAGUGCUCAACAUAGGUGACGAUAAAUUAUUUCAUCAAUACAUGGCUGCUUACAUAUCCGAUUCAACAAUGGUCGAAACAGCUAUUAUACCACAUUUAGCUCAGGGAUUUAUUGUAGGAAUGGCUUUUUCUUUGGAUCAUUGCAUCUGGUUCCAUAGGACAAAAUUCAACAUGAAUGAUUGGAUGUUAUGGGAACAAAAAAGUGACUUUGCAGGAGGCUCGCGUACUCACACCAUUGCAAGACUUUGGAAUCGAACUGGUGAACUGCUGAUGACAGCUGUACAAGAGGGUGUUGCUCGAGCUCCGCUCAAGAAAUGAAUUGCUACAGCAUUCGUAUAAAUUAACUGGAGAUUUGAUCUCAAUAAAUGCCUUGCCUGAAAAGCUUUUGUUAUCCGUUAGGCAUCAUUUUGUAGUGCUAAAUUCAAGUUAGAGUGCAGUAAAAGACGGUUACCUGCUUCUCUUGUAGGAAUACUUCCAGCUACCCGUGCA